AUGGCCGGCAGAACCCAUCUCAGCUCCUUCUGCGCCUCCUCUCUUUCACCCUCCCUGCUCCUCUCGCUCCUGCUGUCGGCCCUGGUGCUCCUGCGGCUGCCCGGGCCGGUCCGGGGGGACUGCUGGCUCAUAGAGGGGGAUAAGGGGUACGUCUGGCUGGCUAUCUGCAGCCAGAACCAGCCUCCAUACGAGACCAUCCCCCAGCACAUCAACAACACGGUGCAUGACUUGCGUCUGAAUGAGAACAAGCUGAAGGCGGUGCUGUUCACCUCGAUGUACCGUUUCACCAACCUCACGGACCUCAACCUCACCAAGAAUGACAUCAACUACAUUGAGGACGGGGCCUUCGCCGGCCAGGCAAACCUUCAGGUGCUCCAGCUGGGAUACAACAAGCUGACCAACCUGAGCGAGGGCAUGCUGCGCGGCCUGGGCCGCAUGCAGUGCCUCUUCCUCCAGCACAACCUCAUCGAGGUCAUCGCCACCAACGCGUUCUGGGAGUGUCCGAGCCUCAGCAGCCUGGACCUGUCCUCCAACAAGCUGAGCCGCCUCGACCCGUCCACCUUCACCUCGCUCAACCGCCUCAUGGUGUGCGAGCUGGCGGGAAACCCGUUCCACUGUGGCUGCGAGCUCUACAGCUUCCUCACCUGGCUGGAGGCGUUCAACAACGUCACACACACCUACGACCGGCUCCAGUGCGAGACCCCUCGUGAGCUGCUCGGCUACCCGCUUUUGAGCCCCUUGCCCGGGCACGGGAGGAACGCCCGCUCCAUCCUCUCCACCACCUGCCGGGACGGUAUUUACAUCCCGGGGAUACCCUCCCUGGGCCCUGACAUGGACGGGUCAGGCGAGGGUUAUCAUAACCCGGACCAGGGUCUCUAUCACCAGCCCACAGCCACCUCCACCGCCGAACCCUUAAACAGCCACAAGAUCUCCAUCAAGCUGCAGAGUGUGUCCUUCUUCACAGCCUCGCUGCUGGUGCAGAUCCCCAAGCCCUUCAGCAAGAUGUACGUCCUGACGCAGUACAACCAGUCCUUUGUGGCCGACAUCAUGCCUCUGAAGAGCAGGAUGGAGGUGAUCAUGCUGGACAAGCUCAACGCCCACACCAACUACACCAUCUGCGUGGCGUCCAUCAGCAAGUCCCAGCGCUACAACCACACCUGUGUGGCCUUCGCCACACGACUGCUGGGCCUGGAGGACCUGGGCCCCAACCCGUCCACCACCACCCACUACAUCAUGACCAUCCUGGGCUGCCUGUUCGGCAUGGUGAUCGUGCUGGGUCUCGUCUACUACUGUCUCCGGCGGCGACGCAUCGCGGAGGAGAAGGAGAAAGCCAUCAGCGUGAAGAAGACCAUCCUUGAGAUGAGGUACGGUCCCGAGGCGGCAGCAGCAGUGUCUAAUGACCCCGGGGCCGUCCAGCGUCUCCAGGACCAGACCCACCACCAGCACCACCACACCGCGGGGUCUGGGGGAAAGAUGACCCCGUCUGCCUCCUCCAGCACAGGCAUGCUCCACGGCUCAACCAACACCAGCUCCUCCCGUCUCUCCACCCUGCCUCAGGUGGAGAAAAUGGCCAGCGCCUUCAACGAGGCCAUCGGCAACAAGAACAACUACAUGGACGUGAGGACGGGCGCCGUGGCCGGUGAGGGCCGGGAGGGUGGGGUGAUGAGUGGGGGAGGAGAUGCGUUGGUGGACAUGUGCGGCCUGGGGGAGAACGGCUCCGACGGCAAGGAGGACUCGGACGACGACGGGCGCGGCUCGGCCUCUGAGAUCUCCACCAUCGCCAAGGAGGUGGACAAGGUCAACCAGAUCAUCAACAACUGCAUCGAUGCCCUGAAGCUGGACGCCUCGGCCAACGCCUCUGUGGCCACGUCGGACGCCAACAUCCCCGUCCCCAUGGCCCAGCCUCCUGCCUGCAUCACCUCUCUCCCCCGCGGCCUCCUUCCCCUCUCCCCUGGCCACCCGGCCGAUCUGAUCAUGUCCUCCUCCCCCAAGAUGCACUCCAAACCCCAUCCCCAACUGCACCCCCAGACCCACAUCCAGCCGCACCCCCAGCUCCAUCCGCAGGCCCACCCUCCCUCCAUGGCACCGGUGCCCCUGGUCAUACCGCUGUCCGAGCGUCCAGGAAUCAGUGGUGGUGGCUUCCUCUCCCCACCCUACCGAGACCCUCCACCGGCCAACGCCGUACGGCCCAUCCAGAGGCAGCUGAGUGCCGACCCCCCCACCACUGCUGGCAUGAAGAACCGGUGUGGUGUGCCCUCCGCAGGGGGCUCCAUGAGGAACGCUCCACGGGUGCUCAGCAUGGAUGUUCCCGAGCAGCGCAACCAGGAGAACCCGGGCAAAUACCCUGCGGAGGGGAAGGGCGGCUCUGCAGAAUGUGGCGGGGGAGCGGUGAUGGUGGGAAACGGAGGCGGCGGUGUGGGAGGCAAUGGAAACGGUGUUGGGAAUGGCAGCGGCAACGGUGGGGUGCGAGUGAACGGUGGAGGAAUGGCUUGUGGCAAUGGCAAUGGUGGUGGGGUCUUGGCAGGACCUGGGCAGCAGCAGCACCAUUUGGAGGUGCAGCCUGAACACCACAGCUCCGAGCACCGCCACUCCUUCCCCGCACUCUACUACGAGGGCCCCAGCGACUCGCCCCUGCCCGUCCAGAAGGCCUCAUUCCUCAAGCCUUUGGGCCGUGCAAAGCGGGACGCCUCAGCGGCCUACUCCCAGCUCUCGCCUGCUCGCCACCACAACUACAACUCAGGGUACUCCUCCAGCCCUGAGUACUCCUCCGAGACCACACUGAGGAUCUGGGAGCGCUUCAGGCCCUACAAGAAGAACCCCCGCGAGGAAGCGUCCUACAUAGCAGCGGGCCAUGCUCUGCGCAAAAAGGUGCAGUUCGCUAAAGAUGAGGAUCUCCACGACAUCUUGGACUACUGGAAGGGGGUGUCUGCCCAGCAGAAGUUGUAA